AUGACAGCACCACCCCUCUCUCAACAAACGGUCCCAGUCAAAGACGCAGCCGCGGGCCGCAAGCGCAGAAGACGUGCUCCUGCUGGAGGCGCUGCGGAUGACUGCUUCACCUGCUCCAAACGAAACGUCAAGUGUGACCGCCGACGACCAUACUGCUCUCAAUGUCUCGAAAUAGGGAACGAAUGCUCUGGAUAUAAGACUCAGCUCACAUGGGGAGUUGGAGUUGCUAGCAGGGGCAAGCUUCGUGGGCUUUCUCUUCCCAUUGCCAAGGCGCCUCCGGUGUCCAGAGAACCCAAGAAGUCCCCUGUUGCUCGCGGUCGUGCCAACUCGACGGCCGCCGUUAUGGCUGCUCGCUGGGUAGAACAGGACGAGGCCCAGAGACACCGGGGGCCCAUUGAUAUCCCCUCAGUGGCUCACUCUGUUGCGACUCACGCAAGCUCGUAUCCCGGACCCGGCUAUGACUAUCUUUCCAUGUCUCACUCUGAGAACAGCACAGCAACUGCUUCUCAGCAUGGCUGGGGCAAUCUUCAUUACUCCGGCGGACUCGUACCUUCACCAGACGCAACAUCAAAAUACUCCAAGUUUCCUCUUCCGCUUAUUACCGAUGGCCUGUCAUCAUCAGUCGACUCUGUAAGCGAUGUGGACUAUCUUUCCCCCCUCAGCCAAACGUAUUCUCGCGAUGAAAUGCCCUUUGGCAGUGGAUCGUCUGUGCUAUAUGACGGAUACGGCAGAGGCCAGCACUCUCCCGUCUCCCAAAGUCCUCCUUCAGGACUAGUCCUAGACAGCGCUCGCGUACCAACGUCGUGUCCUGGCUUGGUAUACGCCGCAUCAGAACAUAGCUCGAGUAUCAACUCUCACUUGGACGCAUUCGACACGCAUCUGAGCCACAAGCUGAUGCGGGAAUGUGACAGCUUCAGUGUUCCACAAAUCGACGCAUACAAUCCAAGUUGCAGCCCUGCCGCCCACAGCUGGACAUCGUCUUCGCACCCGCGCGAAGACGAACUUCAGUCACCACAAUCCGAACAGGCAUCAAACAGGUGGCCUACCACGUUUCCAGAGACGGAGCGAUUGCGAGUCAGCCCGGACCUCGUAGCGAGGAUGCCAUUCUUCAUGGACUACUACAAAAAUACCAUUGCCCCUUCCAUGGUAUAUAUCGACGGACCGCACAAUCCUUUUCGGGAUCAUAUUCUUCAGCUGGCAGUUCACAGUCAAAGCCUUCAGCAUGCCAUCUGUGCCUUGUCAGCUUGCAAUCUGCGAAUGAAGAGGAAAUUAAGCCUCGGACAAGACACGCAGGAACUGUUUGAGAAACUUACAUUGGAAAAGAAUGCUAUUGACAGUCUUGGCGAUCGCCAGCCGGACGACCCUUCCUUGGCAGAGGAGUUUCAGCACCGAAAUCUGGCAGUCAACCUUUUGAACGAACAGCUCAACGACCCGCUCAAAUCAACCUACGACUCUGUCCUCGCCACCAUUCUUCUCCUCUGCCACUAUCGAAUGGUCGAGUCCGGUGUGGCCAAGUUCCACACCCAAUUUGCUGGCGUGAAGAAGAUCUUGUCUAUGCGCACAGAACAGUUUGGGCCCUCGAGGGGCUCAGCUUGGAUGGAAGCACUUUUUACCUACUUUGACGCCAUAUCGGCAAGCAUCAAUGACCGCGAGGCCCAGCUUGCUCCAACUGUGGAUGAUGGAUUACCGCUGUUACCUCUCGGCGCAGAAAACCUAGUUGGCUGUGACAGGGCGUUGUUCAAGACGAUUAGCAAGCUUGGUAGAUUGAAUCUACUUUCGCAGCACCGGCCCGUGCAAAACGUGACAGCCUCUCCCCAGCCAAGCGCAGACACGUCACCAUGUCAGCGGAUGGUUGGAUCGCCCCUCAGCCGCCCGUACAGUGCUGGCAUCACCGGUGUGGGCAGCGUUCACAUGCAGCAAAACCCACGGUCGCAGCAGCAACUUGGCGCCAUGUACGCGAUGCCCGCGCACCGUUUUGAUGGCAACGGGUUUGGGUCUACGCUUGACGAUGACGAGAUUCUCGCCUCUGCCAUGAGCACAUCUGCAGCAUUCGACGACAGCCGAUCAUUGUUCUGGCGUGAAUGGAAGGAGGCGCGGCUGGCAUUGCAAAACUGGCAGUUCGAGGCUGUUGCCGUUGCGACAUCCUUGCCGGGAUCUCCCAGCCCGUCCCGAGUUCGGGAUCUCGAGUCUGUGUCGGAGGCUUUCCGGUAUGCCGCUCUCCUUUACACGGAGCGUCUGGCGGGUCCCAGCACGCCAUCGAGCCACACAGACUUCCAGAACCUGGUCAGCCAAGUCGUUUACUACGCCACCAGCCUUGAUGCCGGCAGCACGGCCGAGAAGUUUCUCCUUUGGCCAUUGUUCGUGGCCGGUUCUGAGUGCGUCAAUGAACUGCAGCAAAACAUUGUGCGUGCCAAAUGCCGCGACAUUAUGAACAGGUCUGGUUACAUGAACAAUCUGUCAGCCCUGGACAUUCUAGAGAAGCUGUGGGCUGGCGAGUUCAAUGCCGCCACACCCGACUUGCGUCACAGGUCCGGCCCGGCCAAGAUGGCUGGCUGCCGAGGACCAUUGAAUUGGGCAAAGUGCUUUGGCGGACCUGGAGCGGAAGCCGAGUGGAUCAUGUUCUAA